CCAGCAGACCUUUUAAAACAGCACGGCUUGCCGCUCGUAAAAUAACUAGUUUGUUUCAGUCGCGAAACUUAGGGGCUGACCGUUUAACUCUUGAGGGGAGGGGUGGGUGAUUUCUGGUCAUCAAGAAUUUUUUUUCUAGCAGUCCGGUGGGCAGGAAAUUUUUUUCCCUUUUUUUCCCAUAAGCUUUCUAUUACAUUUGCGCUGCAUACAAUUUUUUUUUCCAACAAGCGCUUGCAGGAAAUUUUUUUCAUAAUAUCAUAGGUGACGAAUUACUCCUUAAUUCUGGCGUAAAAUUUCAGCGUUAAUUUGUAAUUUCACAUGUGAAAUUACAAAAUUGCCAUGGCAACCCUUCCGUACGUCUCAGUGUCAAGAUGGCGACGAAGUUUUAAAAUACCGUGAAUUAAGAUGUCAGGGCACAAAAAGACGCUUUAGAAUACCUGAACACAUAAGAGAACAUCAAGAAGGAUUCUAACAGGUAUUUUGCCGAAAAAGUCUGAAAAAUUCUGAACUUUAGAAGCCAAAUUUAAGGUCUAAGGUGAUUUGAGAGAGUGGAAGUGGAGUUCUCGAUCGAUACGAUCCAGGAUAAACAUGUCAAAAAUCCAAGAUUACUAACGUAAUUCGUCAACCUAUGAAAUUGAUAGGUAAUCAAAUGGUAUACUCGUGAAAUUAGGGAAUAAUUUCACUUGCGUUUUGUCCAAAUCCUAAUAAUUUCCCUCACCUGAAGGCCCGGGAAAUUAUCAGGAUUUCGACAAAACACGCGUGAAAUUAUUCCUUAAUGUCACUCGUCACCAUUUGAUUACACAUACAAAGCAUCCACCCCCCUCCUCAAGAGUUAAAAUGGUCGGCCCCUUAGAAAAAAUAAUUUUUCGCUCAUGACGACGUCAGAAACUCGUGCCUUUAACUGUCGAUAUCAAAAUGAUCUUAACGUGGCUCCGCCUUUUUAGCCAUAGCCAAGCCAAGCCAAUUUUUAGCCAAGCCAUAGAAAAGCCAAACGAAAAAAAUAGAUAAGGCGAACACAAUUUGACCAAGUAUUCCUCAGUUUUGGAGAUAAAAAGUUUGACCAUUACAAGGCGAAUGUGAGUCAUGUGAUUUAGACUGACAAAGAACUGAAAAAGUUAAUCAAAUAGAUACAAAUUAGAAACUGCUUGCCAAGGUUCACGAAGAUGUGAGAGAUGAAAAUGCUUGUAAUUAAAAUCCACUAAAUUUGUGUUUGAGCCUAGCCUAAUAUAUACACUUGAGAUCUUGGCUGGAAGGAGCAAAAAGGUUCAAAUACGGGAUCUACUCUAAUUCCUUUCGAUGUACCGCUCAGACACGAACAUAUGUAACAUGCAUCAAUCAUGUAACAAGCAGUCAAUGUCAAGGCAAGCUGCAUUUAUGGGGCGUACCUUUCGUAUUGUGUGUAUCCAUUCAAACCAUAUACUUGAUAUUGAUAAACCUUGGGGGGCCAUUAUUUAAAAAGUGACACCGAAACGUCGUUCAUUUUAUCGAUGACUUUUUUAGCUUCAAUGAAUUAAGAGAAUUUUGCUUUAAAUAAUUUUUUGGUACUGAACGUAAUACAUGAAAUAAUGAAAACUCAACAAAUAUGUAGCAUAUGGAUAAAAUUCUCAUACAAAUAUUAAAAAAAAAGAGACAAAAACCGUAACCCCUUAGUACGUGUUUUGGUGAGAGGGCGAAGAUGCGGAAACAUGACUCUCUGCAGCUUUAUCUCACCCAUCUACACACGUCUUAAUAUUUUGAUUAUUUCUGUCUCACUUUAUUUUAAAUGAAUUUAUUCAUUUCAUAAUUCAGUUAAAUUAUCCUCUUUUUCACAAGAGCCUGGUUAUACUAAGUCGUAUAGCCCUCCCAGAAAUUUGAAGUACACGUUUACCAAUACUAUAGACACAGAAUAAUUUGAUAAAUUUAAAACAUGUCUUUUACUGCUUCUGGCUACGAAUCGGGAAAGGAUACUUAUUUAGUUUUGUUCCUCAAGCGUUCAAGAUACCAAUAUAAAUAAUACUUCCGUCGGAAGCCAGUUACCUCGAGACCUCGUAAUAUCUCUAUCAUGACGUGCGUGAGCGUGUUUGACACUGUCUCACACCCCUUGAACCCAACCAAUAUUUUUCACCAAUAUUUUUCACGCAAGACGGUUAGUCCCUCCCACCCAGAUAGAUGUUCUUAGGGCUUAGUAACGCGUGGCGAACCCCUAAGAACGUUACUGUCAGGGAUGGUGGCUAAAGAUCAUAGAAGGUUUUGAACUGACAUGACGCUCCUGCUGAGAAAAGGCCUGUUUUCACCCUUUUAAAUCAGACGCGUUUCUUUACUAACAGAAAAAGAAAACAACUUCGACGGAGUCUGGUGUUGGUGUAGCUUACUGCUAUUCACCUUCUAGGGUUGUAAACUACGAUCUACGAGUAAUAAUAAUAAUAAUAAUAAUAAUAAUAAUAAUAAUAAUACACUUUAUUUAAUGAGGGUAGCACGGAAUAGUUACAGAAACUAGUAAACUUGUGGCCCUCUAUCUAAAUUAAAAUUACAAAAAGCAUAAAUGCAUGAAGCAUGAAUGAUUCAGAAUAUACAAAGUCUAAGUACAAAAUAAAUAAAACUAAGGAAACAUAAAGGUUUUACAUCAAUAUGAAUGAGUAUAAGAGCUAAUGAUAAGGCUAGUGAAAUACAUACAAGAAUAUGAUUAAACUAUGAAAUGGUGUAAUUCAAUUCCUGCUGCUCUUUAAAUAAGAUAUUUCGAUAAUUAUUCUUAAAGGAUUCUAGUGAUACUGCAUUUCUAAGGUCUAGACUUAAGCUGAGUUCUAAUUGACAAAUGAAUCCUUUUUGCCUUUGUGCAUGUGGUCAAAUUUUCCAACUUAUUCUUUCGUUGGUUGAAAUACAAGAAAGGCCGUUUCCAAUAACUUCUUUGUUUAGCAUAUUCAGUCUCUCAGUUCUAGAUGAAUUCAAUAUUUGUUCUUUUUGGGACUGAUUUUAGCACGUACUUGCAGCUCAGCAAAAAGAUUCCGUUUCAACGGCAAGAGGUAAUAAAACUUAAAAGUACUUUUUAAGGGAGUCUUCAUUUAACAGGUUUACAUUGCAGUUGAUUAAACCUCCUGAGAAAAUCGACCAUCGCUCAAAGGAAUCACUAAUAUCCGCUAAGAGGCUCAAAAGCAGGUAGUUUUUAACCAUCCUCGAGCAGAAAUUGGUCGAUCAAUCGCAUAAACGUCUCUGGUUGGCAGCAAUCGUGAUUUUAAAGCGAUUCAUGGCAAAUAUAAUCAGCCGCCAGCUGACACAAACAAUUUAAAGGCGCACCUAAUAUCGUAGCACAUGCACUGAAACAAAAAUCAAACUAUAUAAAAAAGACUCUUCCGUGUAAACUGACCUCAUAUGGAGCGUUCAACUUUCCUAAUUGGUUGUCUUUACACUAGGCUGUUCAGUAAGACUUAAGAGCUGCUAAGUUUUACUUAACCAAAAAUUCGUGUGUGAAGGUCUGAGUAAGAUCUCAAGUAACUUUGCUUUGCAUCUCAUUAAGUCGGAAAGUUGAAACGAUUCAAGAAAGUUUCAAGCGACUUGAAAACCAGGCAUCCUUAACGACUUAGCUAACUUGCGUUUACUUGAGCUUUGAGAAAGGCGAAAUAUGUCAAUCAAUCUAAAUUAUGUUGCGUGGGAAAAUACAUGAAGUAAAAAAGAAUCGGUUGGGUGUGAAGCUUUAUUUUACUCCAAGUAAUUAAAAUUUACUUGUCUUGAAAUAUUUCUAAGCUUAUUUAGGCUCUAGUGUAAAGACUACCAUUGUUAUCUACAAGUGAUUUUGUGAUCGUGAAGCAUGAGGGCUUGUUCACUAAACAGCUCACUAAAGCAUCCUUGCAGCAUUUUACCUUCCUGCAGGAAUCACUUGUCUAAUUUAUUCUUAAUGUAGGGAAAGUUUGUUGUCGACCUUUCCUACAAGAAGUAUUUUACUUUUACACUUUGUUAUAGCGGGUGCAAUGCAAUCAGAUGUAAAUGCUGGGCCCCUUUUACCACUGAAAAAUCAAGACCCAGAUGACCGUGAAGAAAUCAGAAUAAUUUCCUUGGAAAGGCUUCAAUAAUAAUUAUUAGCUGAGUCAUUCUAAAGUAACUAAGACCAGCCCUGUACCCUAAGUGGCAAGCAUGUGGAAAUAAUGGCAGGGUGCAAGUAGAACUAUUUAUUAAUAAUAUUUUCGAUUAUUAUUACUAUUAUUAACAUUAUUAUAAUUAUCGCUGAUUCCUCGAGCGGAUGAGAUGGGGAUUUUAAUAGUUGCUACUUUAUUGAUCAAGCCCCCUGCUAGUUCGGUAUUACUUGUAACUUUCAUUACCCUCGAUGGAUCUGGCAACUUGUAUAUUCAAUGAUCAGUGAUCAUUAAUCAGAAAUAAUGAUUCAGUGAUCAUAAACUAGAGGUCAUAAAUUCACAUUUAUCGCAUGGAUAAAUGAUAAUAGACUUAGGUUGCUGCCCUAGUUAUUAAUGACUGGCUAAUCGUAUGAUCAUACCGCCUCUUCCUUGAUAUGUAACUGAAAUUGAUUGAGUUAAUGCUCAAACUUGGGAGGUAUCAACCCCAAAAAAUCCAGUCGAGCCACCUUAAAACCUUUUCAACCUAGUUUAGUCUUAGAAUUCUUAUAGCUUUUAUCUUAUGUUUUAAGUUGUUUGGCAUUUAUUUUGUAUAUAUAAUUAUUUUUAUUAAUUUUAAUUCUUUAUCAUGCAAUGCGCAUGUGACUGAUAUUUUUUUGUUAAUUUGCGCAAUAUAAAUGAUAAGUAUUAUUGGUAUUAUUAUUCAAAUCAUUUUUACUAUUUAAAAUUCAGCGAUAAAAACUAUUUAAAUUAGUUUUGAUCCCUGAUUUACAGCAUACGGCCUCACUUGCUACUCGUGCCACUCAACAUUGGAUUGGGAUGACUGUGAGAAGACCAAAGUCAAUGAUGCCUGUCCAGCUGGUUUUGAUCGCUGUGUGAAGGCUACUUAUAGUGUUAAAGCCGACUCAUCCAAAGGUUUUAUUAAACUAUGUUCGUCUCCAGUGGCCUGCAAUAAGACAGAUCUGUGCAACUUUUCAGGGUCUUCGAUCGACAAGUGCAAUGUUUACUGCUGCGAGGGUGACCUGUGCAAUGGAGCCAAAGUACCACUGGUCAGCACCUUCCUGAUUCUGACAUGCGCUCUAGUAGCUUUCUUCCGUUAAGUUCGGCGCUGCAAAAAUUAAACUUUUGUGUCAAUUAAAAUGUAGCAUUAAGAGUAAAAUGCAGAUUAAAUUGUAUAAGCAAAGCUGGACGGAACAAAAACACCGGAUCAAAAUGGAGUAUAUAAAACAAAAACCAAAAAGAGUGGCUUAUUUAACAGAUAUUAGUCAAUAUUUCAAAGUACGUGCCUGCCAUUCUCUUACGGGUCUUACAAAUAGCUUUGGAUAACGCCUUUUAGUUUAUGGUAUUGUAAUACAUGUAGCUCAAUUGAAUUCGCUGUUUUUCAGGUGUGGCCAUUUAACUGCUUCAAUUGUCAAUCGUCCUGUUUAUAAGCCUUAAAAAUAAAAUUGCAUAUCGUGCUUUUUUUGUCUAUCAGUUGUAUCACACACAAUCACCCCUUUCAUAGGAGCUCAGCUCCAGGCUAAGACAUAGGCCAAACGUCGAAUGAGAAAAAAC